GGGGUUUGAACUCGUGACCUUAUGCGCUGAUAACGCAAUGCUUUCCCAUUUGACCUAGAAACACUUCUCUUUAUGUGUCAAUUUUGCUAAACUGCAACAAUUUCUAAUAUUUUAUUGUAUUAUGAACUACAUUUAAUUAUAAACACAUCUGCAUUAGUAACGGAUCACCGCAGGCAAGUCGUUGACCACACUCGGUUAUGGUUUAACAGCUGCCGCCUGUAUGAUGAAGCCCCGCCCUCUGUGUAUUGUCGCCUUCUGAUUGGAUAAAUGUUUUGCCACCGACAUACUUCGACUGGCACUAGCAAAUACUCUUUCGGAAAAUAAGUACUAAAACAGCGGCGGUCCGCGUGUUAGUGGUAUGUGUGCUCUGUCCUCUUCAGUACAAUAUUUCAUCCCAAGCUUUUGGAUCAUACUUUUGAUGCUUCAGCUGACAUGGAUUGAUGCCGACGGGAAUUCAGACUCCAAAAUCAGAGCAUAAGCUAUGAUUUAGCUGGGUGAAAGCCAGAGCCGGGAGUCCAGGAUGAGCAGCAACCAGGGGCGGAGCUUGAUCAACCCUCUAGUUCAAAGUAAGAUGGAAGGAGCCAUUGGCACCAUAAUCCCUCCGGGUCUCCCGAAAGCAGAUAGCUUGUCACAUUAUUCCCACGACAAAGCUGUACCAAUCCCCCGAGGCUACUUCUCUUACUCUCUCAAUGGACAAGAUGCCCUUGACUUUAAUUCUCUGUGGGACUCUCCUAAGACUUGUGUAAGAAAUGGAUCAAGCCCAGGGAUCCAUCCAUCAGCCACCGAGGGCAUAUACAGGCCUGAAAAUAUAUCUUUCUCUAUGGAUGCUGGUGGUCGCUCUGUCGGACCCCAAGAGUUGGCUGCGAAGCAAAGGCUGGCGUAUUAUGCCAACAGUCCUAGACAUCACAGUCCCAGAGCUGCUGGGGUCAUCUCACCGGUGGCAGCUCCGAAGGGUCACAUUAGAGGAUCGGGAAUGUCUUCCACAGAUGGAGAAGGUUGUGUUGGAUUGGCUGUUCCAAAACCUGUGUACGGUCAUAGCCCCUGUUGCACUGAGCGUGGAUGCACUGCGGGGCAUACAUAUGCCGAUGAACACGGGCCGCAUAGGAUGUCCCCUCGCGUGUAUGAGGACGAAUGGGCUGCACAUUUUAACCGUCUGGCAUACCUGCAUAAAAAGGGCCAGGAGGCGUUGGCACAACAGAGGGUUUUGCAUUUAGAGCGUGGUGCGGAGGGAAUACCAUUAAAGGAUGGAAAGACUGUGGGUUACCAUGGUAUCAGAUCAAAUGGGCCUGGGCGGUCGCUUCCUUUAAUGGAACCGAGCCAUAGCAGCUAUACCUAUAACACCACACAUCCAUUUAUUGGUUCCACGUCGGAGUACUGUCAGCGUGCCCCAGUCCCCCUACAAAUACACAGAGGUCUUUCCACUGGUUAUGACCCGAGGACAUUGACACACCAUAGUGUUUCCUCUAAAGUAUAUCAGGAUCGUCCUCACAUUUCUAAAUAUACAUCGAUACCUCCAUGUUCCAGUGUCUACUACCCUCAGAGUCAAAUGGAGGCUUAUCGAGCAGAUCCUAAUGUUAUUACAGAUGAUCAUGCACGGCAACAUCACAUGGCUCACUUUCAUUCCCCCCGGCCUAAUUUUACCAAUAUGCCAACUUCUUGCCCAGCUGUUCCUCCACACCAUCCACUGAUACCCAAAUUUCCUACAUACCCUGUGUAUGGAGUGCGUUUAAAUAGUAACCAGACAUCACUGCACGAGAAGCAAUGUUCACCUUUACCCAUGCACCAAUCUGAACGACCGCUUGAUUUCUCCGUACGAAGGGUGCAGACACCUGACUCCCCUCGGGAGCUUUGUAGACAGUCUGGAACUCCCGGGGCUUUCCAUCCCACACCGGGUCACUACAGACGUCUUAAUAGCACAGCUACCGAGAGAUCUGAGGGGGCUGGAACCGGCUUUGUUUCGGAUGGCUGUAAAGAUUUUACCAAUAUUCCCAAAUCCGAUGAAGAGCUACUUAAGAAAAGACACAGAGGUGAAACCGAAAGUGGUAGUGAAGUUGACGCAUCGAGUAAAAGGCAAAAGACUGAAAUGGCCUCUGAGCGGCCAGAUCAGCCUCAGUCCCCAUCUUUUCCACCAAUGCCGGUCAUUAAUAAAGUUUUUAGUUUAGCUCCUUAUAAAAUUUAUUUUGAAGCCACAGGUAUGUUGCCAUCACAAGGGAAUUCAAAAAGUCCACAGGCUGAGGCUACGCAGCUUAAGCAAGAGCCAAAUAUUCAAAGUAGAGAUAUAGAAGCAAAUUCAGGUGAAAAUGACCUCAGCCCGAAACCUGAAGCUUCACCGGCUAACAGUAACGGUCUGUUUGGAGUGGACGAGAUUGUAAAGAUCAAAAAAGAAAAAACGGAUCCAGAUGAAACCGCUUAUCAGUCGGAUAUGAAAGUUUGUUUGAUAGAGGAAAUUAAUCACAGUUCGGUCAAAGAGGAGCAAGGGGAGUUGGACUCAAGCAUAUCUGGCUCUGUGCCUGACCACAUUGUAAUAAAAAGUGAUGUGGAAGAGGACAGCAAUCCACCCUUAGAAGAAAAAUCUGAAUCUUCAGCUGUAAGACAGAGAAUCCUGUGGAAAAUGGUGUGGAAUCUGAUCCGGUUCCUACGGUGCCCUCAACAUCACCAGUUCAACCUCCAUUAACUAAAUUC